UGGUACUGGUGUGCGAGAUCCACAGUGUUUAUAAAAGAAAUGUUGUCGUCUGCUAAAACAGACACCAACGGGAUUCCGAAGAAGUAUUGCCAUGGAUCGGAGGAUUUUGUUUACGUUCAUCGCUCUUUGUUUUGCGGUAUGCACUGGUUUCUUGGAACCCGAUCAAUGUUACCAACAGAAUCUGCGGAUGGACAGGUGGUUUGACAGGCCAUGUAUAUGUAACGACGGCAGAAAAUAUCCAGAGCAAGAGAUCGAAGCAGCGCUGGAAUAUGCGUCCAUGUUCAACCAUAUGUUUCUGUUCACCGUGUCUAAGUACUACAAUGAGAACAAUUUCUAUCUCGACGAUUACACUAAAAAAGGCGAGUACAAGUUUAAGUGUCUGUGCAAUUCAGAGAGCAAACGUGUACAGAUUCUGACGGUGAACAAAGACAAUAACGUCUGCUACGUGGUCCGACCUUUCCAACAGAGCGUCUUCUUCACCGAGUGCGGCGGUGUGUGCAGACUCGGCUAUGGCGGAGUACCCGGAUAUCACUGCAUCCCACGUGGCUUUACCGAGAGAACUGUGCUGCUGUACUGCCCACUGAAAAACCGCCCUUGCGGACCGAAAGCUGCCGUUACUGCUCUGACAGCUCCGCUUACCAACCCUGCCUCGUUUUCACCAGCCGUGUUUUCGGCACAAGAAAUCCCCCAGGGACCAAACUACAACGCCAUGGGCUACUUCUGCAACAUGACGGUGGUAUUGCCAACAUACUGCGGUUGCCGUGGCUACUUCUGCGUUUAAAAGACGAUACGGUUUCACUUGUACUUUCCCGGUUACGAUGGUAACAAGACUUUAAAUCAUCCGAAUAGCUGUUAAUGUUGAUCUCUUUCAAUAUUCUCACAAAUGAAAUGCUUAUAUAAACUAUUAGUGCAGGAUAUUUCAAUUAAAUGAUUUAUAUUACUUUAUCACUUAACAUCAUGGCUGUUACAGCUUAUAACAAAAUAUAACAAUUCAGUAACAAUUUAAUUUUCUUUCGGGUUUCUUUUUUCUGUGUGUUAAUAAACAUUAUUGUACAAACAUAGUUUUUAAAACAGUAGAUAUGUGUACUACAGCAUAUAAGUUACAGUUGUGUUCAAAUAAUUGUAUUAAAGUGGUAUCUAUUAUUGCAACCCUGACUGAAAAAUGCUGUCUUGUAUAUUUAUUGUAUAUUUUCUGUAAAUCAUAAUAUAUUUUGUAUAACCGUGUACAUAUGUAAAUACAAACUUACAUUCGUGACAAUUUGUGUAUCAUGCGUGCGUUCAAAAUAUUGUGCAAUAUUUGAUAUCAUUAUUAUUAAAGAAUGAAUGAUUGAAA